AUGUCUAACCAAGCAGUCAACACGAGCCCUCUCAGCACACACGAGCCAGGCGUCGUUGGGAUCUAUGGCGUCUCAGGUUCCGGCAAGUCUACCAUCAAAACUAACCUCAGUCAAGCCCUGGCACAAGAAUUCAUCUUCUACGAGGGUACAGAAGUGCUACUCAAGGCGGUCAAGCGCGAUCUACAAGCUUUCAAGAACUCAGACGAGCAGACCAGACUACAGGGACGCACACAAGCCAUUCGAAACAUUGUGCAGUCCAGUACAGAGUCUGGCAAGGUAGCCGUUGUCACUGGACACUUUGCCUUGCCGUCGAAGCAGGAAUCCAUCUUCCACGAAAUAUGGACACCCGCAGACGAAGCCUCCUACAAUCUCAUUGUCUACCUGGAAGUCUCGCCCGACCACCUUGCCAAAAGGAUCAACCAAGACGAGAACAGGGGUGAUCGCAAAGUCCGCGAUCCAGAGCAGCUCCGUGACUGGCAGGAGCAAGAGAUUCACGGUCUACGUGCCAAGUGCUACAGUAACAACAUCUUGUUCGUAUCUGUCAACAAUGAUGAUCCGAGCGCCGCCAAGAUCACCAUCGAGAAGAUCCUGAAAGCUUUCAGCAGGCACAGUGAGAAGAAACAAUCUGCUCAGCUAUUGUCAAAGCUUGAGAGCAUCUUCGGUCCCGCUCCGCAGAAGAAGGAAGACCCGAAGCCACACGAUGCCGUACUGGUCUUUGACGGCGACAAGACUCUGGCUUCACAAGACACUGGUGAACUGAUGUUGCCCAAGACGAACACUUCCGACCAGGCCACUCCACUCAAACAGCUCUUCUCUAGUGACCUUGGCUACUCCUUCGCGGCCUGGAGCCAAGCUGCUCUACUCUACGACGCUCUCGGUGAUGAUGCCGCCUUCGACAAGCAGUGCGAGGAUGUCGCUGUUCAGGUCAACAUACACCCAGUGUUCGUCGAGAUGUUGAAGUCGACCCGAGACACCAAGCAUGUUCGAGCCAUCGUAGUCACCUGCGGAUUGCAGCGCGUGUGGAACAAAGUGUUGGAAAAGGCCGGUCUCUCUGAUGUACUUCGUGUCGUUGGGAGUGGCAGAUUCUCCGAGGGCUUUGUGGUCACACCUGAGGCUAAGAAGCAAGUUGUCGAGCGCCUACAGAAGGGCUAUCGGCAGUACGUCUGGGUCUUUGGUGACAGUGAGAGUGAUCUACCAAUGCUCCAGGCCGCUGAUGAUGCGAUCCUGGUCGUUGAUGGUCAGAAGAGGAGUCAAAGCACCCAGGACAAGAUCAGGGCUGCUUUGAGUGAUGGCCUCCGUCCGCGCCAGCUGCUCAUGUCUGGACCUGGCUCAUCUUGGCUCAAAGAUACCAGGGCACCGGUCAUCUACAUGAACAACCUGGAGUUCCGCAAGGCUCUAUCUGGUGACUUCCACCUCAUGCACACCUCCGACACAUCUGCCUGCAAACUCCUCGCCACACCCAUGCGCGACGCCUCCAUCAGCAGCGCUACUCUCCGCAAAGCCCACCAGAACGCCGGCGAGUAUAUCGCCCGAGAGCUCAUCGCCAAGAAGAUUGGCUUACAGCAGUACGACACCGACCAUGUACAGGAAGGCAAGACCACCGAUGGCUGGCGCCUCUUCCACGAGAACAAAAUCACCAUCAUCGCCCUGAUGCGUGGCGGCGAACCUAUGGCCCUCGGCGUCAGUGAAGUCUUCCCACAAGCUAUGUUCCUCCACGCCAAGAAAGCGACAAACGUGCUGCCAGAGCAUCUUCACGGACAGUCGACUGUCAUCUUAGUUGAUUCCGUGAUCAAUGGAGGUGGUACUGCCGUGGAGUACGUCAAGCGUGUGCGUGGUCUUCGUCCGACGAUACAGGUUGUGGUCGUCACGGGUGUUGCGCAGAAGGAUGCUGUGAAGGAGAAAGGUAAGAUGGAGGAGCAGCUUAAGGGUUGUGGAGAGGUGACUGUGGUUGCUUUGAGGGUUUCGGAGAAUAGUUACCAGGGUAAAGGUGGGACUGAUACUGGUGCGAGGUUGUUCAAUACAACGGAGCUGGAGAAGGGAAGAGAAGAUGGUCAGCAGGAUGGCCAGCAGGAUGGUCAAGAGGAUGGUCAAGAGGAUGGUCAAGAGGAUGGUCAAGAGGAUGGUCAAAAAGAUGGUCAAGAGGAUGGUCAAGAGGAUGGUCAAAAGGAUGGUCAAGAGCAUGGUCAAGAGCAUGGUCAACAGGAAGUGGUAGCACAGCCAGGAUCCGCAGCUUAG